AUGGAGUCAAGGGAGUCAGCAUCAGGGAGCCAGCAUCUCUCCACAGCCCUGCCAGGGGGCUGCCUCCCGCCUAGAACCCCUGCAGCAGAAAAGGCAGGCACAGACACCAGAAGCAUUGCAGGAGUCUACGUGGAGGCCUCUGCCCAGACCACGAGCCUCUACCAAGCCGUGCAAGAGCAUUUCCUCCAGCCUGAUCUUGCCCUCUCCCUGCUGGAGGCUCAGGCAGCUACGGGUGGCAUCGUUGACUGGAGGAGAAAGCAGCUGGUCUCUGUGACAGAGGCUCUGAGGAUGGGGCUGGUAGGACUGGAGAUGAAGGAGAGGCUCUUGUCUGCUGAGCGGGCAAGGACUGGCUUUGUGGACCCCUACACAGAGGAGAAGAUCUCUCUCUACCAAGCCAUCCAAAAAGAGCUAAUUGGAAAGCAACAGGGCUUGGGCCUCCUAGAUGCUCAGAUAGCCACCGGAGGCAUCAUUGAGCCCAGCACGGGCCAGCGGGUCUCUCUUCAAGAAGCAUGCAAGCACGGCUACCUGGGUGAGGAGACGAAGGACUUCCUCUGUGACUCUGGGAACGAGGCAGCCAAGGGCUUCUGGGACCCAAACAGCAACCAGAUGGUCACCUACGUGGAACUUAUGAGGAGGUGCAUAGCAGACCCAGCCAGUGGCUUGCUUCUGUUGCCACUGAAAAUAUCUUUCCCUGGCCUGCGAGGGGGUGUGUGCAGCCAUGAGCUGCUGGAUUCGGGCAUUGUCGAUUCUGCUCUCUUCAAAGCCCUCCAUAACGGCGAGAUCACAGCGCAGGACGUUGCAGAGAUGGACUCUGUUCAGCAGUACCUCUCGGGGACAGGCAGCGUCGCAGGCGUGGCUGUGCUGGAAACCAACAGCUGCAAGAGCCUUUACCAGGCUUUAAUGGAGCACCUCCUCCCGCCAGGCACAGCAGUGACCCUCCUGCAGGCUCAAGCUGCAACAGGCUGCUUGAUUGACCCAGUCAAGAACGAGAGGUUCACUGCGGAUGCUGCAGUCCGGGCAGGAGUCGUUGGGCCAGAACUUCAUGAGAAAUUAUUUGCAGCAGAGAGAGCCGUCAUGGGAUACAAGGACCCUUGCACCAGGGAGACCAUCUCUUUGUUCCAAGCCAUUAAGAAGGGCCUUGUUCCCAGAGAUCCUGGCAUUUUCCUGCUGGAUGCCCAGCUGGCCACUGGUGGCAUUGUUGACCCUCACAUGCAUCACCGGCUUCCUGUGGAGGUGGCCUGCCAACGAGGCCUUUUAGACAGAGACACGCAUGCCCUCCUCUGCAGUCCCACUGAUGGCAUCUGUGGGUUCUUUGAGCCCAACUCCAAAGAGACCUUGUCCUAUGCAGAAUUGCUAUUGAGAUGUGUCACGGAUCCAGACACGGGGCUCUACCUCUUACCUCUUUCUGGAGACCCUAGUGGGGUACAUUCCUUCAUUGACCACAGCACACAGUUGGCACUAAAGAACACAGAUGUGUCAGUGGCCUAUGGCAAAUUCAAGGGGAAGCAGGCGUCACUCUGGAAGCUCCUCUUCUCAGACUACUUCACGGGAAACCAGAGGCGGUCCCUCAUCCAGCAGCUCCGCUCCGGGGGCCUCUCCGCGCAGGAACUGGCUGGAAUCGUCUGCGACACCAUCCAGCAAGUGGCUGCAAAUUCUAAAGUCACAUUCAAAGGCCUCAGGGAAAAGGUGACCCCUGCCCAGCUCCUGAGUUCCAAAAUCAUCAACCAAGAUUUGUUUGAGAAGUUAACCCAAGGGGAAACGUUGGCCAAAGACGUGGUUGGCAUGGACACGGUUAAAAAAUACUUGGAAGGGACCGGUAGCAUUGGCGGCUUAAUCCUGCCUGACUCGGAGGAGAGGAUCAGCAUCUACCAAGCAAAGAGAAAGGGCUUUCUGCGGCCAGGAACAUCCCUCAUCCUCCUUGAGGCUCAGGCUGCAACAGGAUACCUCAUUGACCCUGCUGCCAACAAGAAAUACUCCGUGGAUGAGGCCCUGCGUGCAAAUCUCAUUGGCCCAGAGGUUUAUGACAAGCUCCUGACUGCUGAGAAAGCCGUCACUGGCUACACAGACCCAUAUACUGGCAACAAGAUCUCCCUCUUCCAGGCCAUGAUGAAGCACCUCAUUGUCAAAGAGCAUGCCAUCCGUCUUCUGGAGGCCCAGAUUGCCACUGGAGGCAUCAUUGACCCCGUCAACAGCCACCGCCUCCCUGUGGAAGCUGCCUACCAACGGGGCUACUUUGACAAGAAGAUGAACCUGAUCCUCUUGGACCCCAGUGAUGACACCAAGGGCUUCUUCGAUCCAAACACGCACGAGAACUUGACCUACCUGCAACUGAAGGAGAAAUGCAUCACGGACAGUUCCACCGGUCUCUGCCUCCUGCCGUUGAACAGCAAGAAGCGCCAAUUCAUUGACAACCCCACCAAGGAGGCUUUUAGAAGCUCGUGGCUCUCUGUGAAAUAUGGGCGCUUCCAAGGGCAAAGGGUGUCAAUUUGGGAUCUGCUGAACUCAGAGUACUUCAGUGAGGGUAAGAGACGGGAAGUAUUCAACCACUACCACCUCCGCAUGGUCUCCCUAGACCAAAUAAAGCUCAUGCUGGAGGAGGAGAUGAAGAAGUGGGCCCCCAUAAAAUUCCCAGCCAUCAGGGGCCAUGUCACCGCCUAUCACCUACUGGAAUCUGGCAUCCUUGACCGGGACCUCUUUGAAAGAUUGCUGGAGGGAGCCGUGAGCCCAGAGGAGGUGCUGCGCCUUGAUUCGGUCAGGAAAUACCUCUAUGGCACUGGCAGCAUUGGGGGCAUUGUGCUGCAGCCCUCCAAUGAGAAAGUGGGCCUCUAUGAAGCCAUGAGGAGAAACAUUGUGCUGCCAGGCGUGGCGCUACCCUUGCUGGAGGCACAGGCAGCCACGGGGUUCCUCGUGGAUCCGGUGAACAGUCAGAAGGUCUGUUUGGAGGAUGCCGUGAAGGGUGGCCUCAUUGGUCCAGAGCUCUACGACAAGCUGCAGCGGGCAGAAGAAGCUGUCACUGGCUACAAAGACCCUUUCACCGGCCAGAGGAUCUCACUCUUCCAAGCCAUGAAGAAAGGCCUUGUGCCUGACCAACAGGCCAUGCGGCUGUUAGAUGCCCAGCUGUCAACCGGGGGAGUAAUCGAUCCUCUCAGGGGCCACUACAUCCCUGUCGAAUUUGCCCAGAAAAAAGGCUACUUAGAUGAGAACCUGAGCAACCUACUUUCCCACUCAGGCCAUGACGUCAAAACGUUUAGCACUCUUGACAGCAAAGAGAACGUGACCUAUGGCCAGCUGAUAGGCCGGUGCCAGGAGGAUGAAGGCACAGGCUUCCGCUUACUGCCUCUGUCACAAACAGCAUCUCUUGUCUGCACGGAUGAGCAAAUUGAACGUCUCUUCAGGGAGACCCUGGUGGAGGAAAAGGGCCUUACUCUCUGGGAGCUCCUGAACUCUGGCUACUUCACUGAAGAGGAGAGAAGAGAGUUCUUGGAGGGGUUUAGGUCCGAGGCAAUAUCGCUCCAGCAGUUGGUCAGCCUUGUUUUGGGAUUCAUUAAGGAAAUGGAAAUGAAGGCUCAAACCCAGGUCACCUUCCAAGGUUUGCGAGGGGCAGUGCCUGCCGUCUGGCUCCUGGAUAAUGGCAUCCUUUCAGAAAAGACAUUCACAGAGCUGGUGCAGGGCAGGAAGACGGCCGAAGAAGUGGCCGAGAUGGAGAGCGUGAAGCGAUAUCUGCAGAGCACUGGGAGCAUUGCUGGGGUUUUCAUUCAAGCCUCCAAGGAGAAAAUGGGCAUAUACCAAGCCAUGCAGGAAAACCUCCUCCUGCCAGGCAUGGGGGCAAGGCUUCUGGAAGCUCAGGCAGCAACAGGAUCCAUCGUGGACCUGGGGUCAAACCGGAGGCUUGGUGUAGAGGAGGCCACCAAGGCUGGCGUGGUGGGCAAAGAGCUCACUGAGCAGCUGCUGCAGGCCGAGCGGGCACUGAUGGGCUACAAAGACCCUUACUCAGGAAGGCCGAUCUCCGUGUGCCAGGCCAUCAGGAAAGAGCUGAUCCCUGCUGCGGCUGGCAUCCCCUUGCUGGAAGCUCAGCUGGCCACGGGAGGGGUCAUUGAUCCUAUCCACCACCAUCACCUUCCUCUCCGCUUUGCCUACAAGCACGGUUUCUAUGACGAAGAAAUGCACAAGUCUCUUUCUCAGCCCACUGAUGACUCCUGCGUCUUUUUUGACCCCAACACCCAGGAGACCCUGACUUAUCAGCAACUGAAGGACAGAUGCAUCCAAGAUCCAGAAACAGGGCUAUUUCUGCUUCCUCUCUCAGAAGAUGCUGCUUUUUAUGGGGACAAGCAAAUGAUGGAGGUGCUGAAAGCAGAAACCGUUUCCGUUGGCACUGGGCGGUUUAAAGGGCAAGUGGUUUCUCUCUGGGCUCUCCUGAACUCUGAGUACAUCUCCAACAACAAGCGGAGAGAGCUGCUGGUGAUCUACAAAGAGGAGAAUGCUGAGGCCCUUCAAGAAAUCAUCACAGUCAUCACCAAGGUGAUUGGAGAGACUGAAACUCAGGGCAAGCGAUUCACCUUCAAGGGUUUGCGCAAGCAGGUGUCGGCCAGUGACCUUUUCCAGGCGGAGCUCAUAGACAAGGAAACUCUGGAUGAGCUUCACCAGGGAAAGAAAACUGUCCAGGAAGUCACUGAGAUGGACUCAGUCAGAAAGUUCCUGGAGGGCUGCAACUUCAUAGCUGGAGUCCUUAUACAGCCAAGUCAUGAAAAGAUGAGCAUCUACCAGGCCAUGCGGCGGGGUCUCCUCAGACCAGGAAUGGCCCUGGUGAUUCUAGAGGCACAGGCUGCCACGGGGUUUCUCAUUGACCCGGUGAAAAACAAGAAACUGUCCGUAGAUGAAGGGAUGGCAUCGGGGCUGAUUGGAAGUGAAAUUUACGAGAAACUGCUGAGUGCAGAAAGAGCUGUGACUGGCUACACACACCCCUACACGGACCAACAGAUCUCUCUUUUUGAGGCCAUGAACGAAGAGCUCAUUGUGAGAAGCCACGGCAUCCGCCUGCUGGAGGCCCAGAUCGCCACAGGGGGCAUCAUUGACCCAGUUCACAGUCACCGUAUCCCUGUAGAGGUAGCUUACAAACGGGGUUACUUUGAUGAAAAGAUGAACCAAAUCCUUUCAGAUCCCACAGAUGAUACCAAAGGGUUCUUUGACCCCAACACACACGAGAACCUCACUUACCUCCAGCUACUAGAACGAUGCAUCCAAGAUCCAGAGACUGGGCUGUAUAUGCUGCAAAUAGUUAGAAGGGGGGAAAGGUACUUCUAUAUCGAUGAUACCACAAAACAAUUUCUGCAGACACAGUUGAUCCAGAUGCAUGUAGGGAGGUACAAAGGCCAGGGAGUCUCCAUCUGGGACCUCCUCUGCUCCCCGUACAUUCAAGAACAGAGGAGGAAAGACCUGGUGAGACAGUACAAGUGUGAAACCCUGACAUUAGAACGUCUUGUCAGCAUCGUCACCACUAUCAUUGAGGAAACAGAAGAGAGAACCCAGAAGCUCAGGGUUAAGGGCCUCAGAGGGGAAGUGUCGGCUGCAGAGCUGUUCAACUCCGAGAUCAUUGACAAGAAAACACUAGAUGGACUCCAGCAAGGGGCGCAUGCUCUCGACCAGCUUGUCCAGAAGGAUUCUGUGAAACGAUACCUGGAAGGAACAGGCUGCAUAGCCGGGGUCUCUGUGGCAUCAAAAAAGAAAAUGACUAUCUAUGAAGCUGUGAAGACAGGGCUUCUCUCCCCAGAAAACGGCCUCAUGUUACUAGAGGCACAGGCAGCCACUGGUUCCAUCACUGACCCACUGAAGAAGAAAGCAUUCUCUGUUGACCAAGCUGUCUCUGCUAGAAUUGUGGGUGAUGAGAUUCACGAGAAGCUUAUUGUUGCAGAGAAAGCCGUUACCGGAUACACUGACCCUGCCACAGGGAAGAAACUUUCACUCUUCCAGGCUAUGAAGAAGAAUAUAGUUGAGAGAGACCAUGCUCUCAGACUGCUGGAAGCCCAGCUGGCCACUGGUGGCACCAUUGACCCUGACUAUGGCCACCGCAUCCCUGUGGAGGUCGCUUACAAACGAGGCUGUUUGGAUGAAGACACCUUCCUCCUUCUUUCUGAUCCAGAAUACGGCAUCAAAGGAUUUGUGGAUCCCAACACACAUGAAAGGAUUACAUAUGCUCAGCUCCUCCAGAGAUGCAUCAAAGACAAAAACACAGGGAUGUACCUCCUACAGCUGCUCGACAAAAGUGAAUAUUUCUAUGUAGAUCACACAACAAAAAAUAUUCUGGCAUCCACCAAAGUUAAUAUAAAGCUUGGGAAAUAUGCAGGGCAGACUCUCUCUGUAUGGGAACUUCUUUAUUCAGAUUAUUUUGAUGAAGAAAAGAGAAAAGAGUUGAUAAAAAAAUACAAGCAGGGAUCCUCAGCUAUUCUUCAUCACAUCAUGAAUGAAAUCCUGAACAUCAUAGAAGAAAAAGAACGAAACAGAAGGGACAUAUGGUUCCAAGGUCUACGGCAACAAGUUACAGCUUCAGAAUUAUUCAAAGCUGACAUAAUAAGUCAGGACACAAUAGAGAAGCUUGAGGAGGGAAGACAGACGGUCCAAGAAGUGGCAAACAUGGAUUCAGUCAGGAGAUACCUGGAAGGCUCCAGUUGCGUUGCUGGAGUGCUUGUGCCAUCCAAGUCAGACCCUUCCAAGACGCGGAAGAUGACCAUCUACGAGGCCAUGUGGAGGGGCAUUCUGAGGCCAGGCACUGCCUUGGUGCUGCUGGAGGCACAGGCAGCUACUGGCUUCAUCGUUGACCCACUGAAGAACGAGAAACUCUCUGUCGAUGAUGCCAUCUCUACUGGAUUAGUGGGUACAGAAAUACAUAGCAAGCUUCUUGCUGCAGAGAAAGCUGUGACUGGAUACAGUGACCCAUACACAGGGAAAAGAAUUUCACUUUUCCAGGCAAUGAAAAAAGAUCUUAUAAUCAAAGAACAUGGAAUCCGAUUGCUGGAGGCCCAGAUUGCAACAGGAGGGAUCAUUGAUCCAGUCAACAGUCACCGUAUACCUGUCGAGGUGGCUUAUAAACGGGGCUACUUUGAUGAGCAGAUGAACCAGGUUCUCUCUGAUCCUACAGAUGACACCAAGGGAUUCUUUGAUCCCAACACACAUGAGAACCUUACAUACAUGCAGCUGCUUAAAAGAUGCGCGAGUGACCCAGACACAGGAUUGCUAAUGCUUCCAAUAAAAGACAAGGGAUUUGGUGCCUUUCAUUCAGAGGAGAACAUCAGGAAGACUUUGAAAUCUACAACAAUAAGAGUCAGUUUAGGGCAAUUCCAAGACCAGGAUAUUUCUCUCUGGGACCUCCUCCUCUCUACAUACAUUUCUCAAUACAAAAGGCAACAGCUUUUAGAAGAGUAUAAAGCUGAAAAAAUAACUCUAGAGGAAAUAACAACCUUACUUAAAUCCAUCAUAGAAGAGACUGAGCCCUGGAAAAACAGCUUGCAGACUUCUAUGAUGAUUAUACAACUAAAAGGUCUUCCAGACCAAUACCUCUCGGUAUGGGAUGCCCUUUUCUCCAAGUACGUCCCACAGGAUGAAAGAGAAGAACUUGUGAGCAGCUAUAGAAAUGGCAGGCUAACCCUGGAGAAGCUCACAGAAACCCUUGCUUCACUCGUUGCUGAGACCACAACCACACCGACAUCGGAUCCAAGAGCUCCAGAUUCACCUAGUCCACCCGCGGCAUCUUUUGUGGAACAGGAGGAGGAGGAGGAGGCACCAGAAGAGGGGGAAACAGAAAAGGCCUUGAAGGCCCGGAUGGUUGAAAUCUCCGUCGGUGAUUUCCGUGGUCAGAAGGUCUCCGUGUGGGAUCUGCUCCAUUCCAAGUACAUUCCUGAGGAGAAGAGGAAGGAGCUGCUGCACCUGUACAAAACUGGCAUUCUCAACAUUGACCAGAUGGAAACCGUGGUCACCGGCAUCGUCAACAGAACAGAGGAGGAGAAAAUGAAAGAAGCAGCUUCCCACUCAGACACCCCAUCGUCCUGGGAAGACCCCUUACGGAAUCACACGGUGGUUCUGCAUGUCGGUGAAUUCCAAGGGCAGGAAGCCUCCUUGUGGGAUCUCCUCUUCUCUCAAUACAUUUCUGACAGUCUAAGAGGGGAGCUGUUGACAAAGUACCGGUCAGGAAUCUUGAGCAUUCAAGAAAUGAUAGCCACGCUCGCCCCCAUUCUCGCAGGGAGAGAGGGAAGCCACAUCCACGCAGAGAGAGGUCUGGCCAGCGAGACAACUCUGUCCCGGGCAGAUGGAACUCCCCCUGCUAUGCAGGGUGAAGAGCUGGAACAGGCAUUACGGAUUAUGAUGGUCAACGUGCCUGUAGGUGAGCUCCAAGGCCGUGAGCGUUCUGCCUGGGAGCUUCUCUUCUCCAAAUAUGUGACUGCAGACAAACGGCAAGAGCUCCUGGAGAUGUAUCGAUCGGGUGCUAUCAGUGCUGAGGAACUUAUCCGGAUGCUCAUCAUCCUGAUUGAAGAAACAGAAGAGAAGAGCAACACAUUGAAGUUCCCUGGCCUCAGGAGACAAGUGUCCGCCUCAGAACUCUUCAGCUCCCAAAUCAUUGACCAAGACACACUGGCUGAUUUCACGCGGGGAGCCAAGACCGUGGAGGAGAUCACAGAAAUGGAUUCGGUGAAGAGGUACCUGGAGGGCUCCAGCUGCAUUGCUGGAGUGCUUGUGCCAUCCAAGACAGAUCCUUCCAAGAUGCAGAAGAUGACCAUCUACGAGGCCAUGUGGAAGGGCAUUCUGAGGCCAGGCACUGCCCUGGUGUUGCUGGAGGCACAGGCUGCUACUGGCUUCAUUGUUGACCCGCUGAAGAACGAGAAACUCUCUGUCGAUGAUGCCGUCUCUGCUGGCCUGGUGGGUACCGAGCUUCAGGAGAAGCUUCUCUCUGCAGAGAGGGCCGUGACCGGGUACAACGACCCCUACACAGGGAAUAAAAUCUCUCUUUUCCAGGCCAUGAACAAAGGCCUCAUUGUCAAAGACCAUGGCAUCCGCCUGCUGGAGGCCCAGAUUGCCACAGGGGGCAUCAUCGACCCUGUGCACAGUCACCGCCUCCCUGUGGAGGCGGCGUACAAGCGGGGCCUCUUUGACGAGGAACUGAACCAGAUCCUCUCAGAUCCUACGGACGACACCAAGGGCUUCUUCGAUCCCAACACUAAUGAAAACCUCACGUACAUGCAGCUCCGGCUCAGAUGCCUCCCCGAUCCGGAUACCGGUUUGCUGAUGCUUCACUUGAUGGAAAAGGGCUCCUUAUUCUAUGCCUUAAGUGAUAACACACGGACGUCUUUGCAGUCUGCCAAGACCAGAGUUGACGUGGGGAUUUUCCAGGGCCAGGAGGUCUCCGCCUGGGACCUCCUCUUCUCCAGAUACAUCCCUCCACACAAGAGACAGGAACUACUAAGGCAAUACAAAGCUGGCUCGAUUACUCUCCAGGGCAUCAUCCAAAUCCUUACCACUAUCGUCACCGAGACCGAGGAAGGGAACACCAGACAUAGCGAGUCCCACAAACAACCUCCCCGUCCAGCUAAAAGAGAAUCACUCAAACAUGACGCUACCCAUCCCAGCCUGGAGGAAACCUGGGAGAAGACCUUGAAGACCACAGUCAUCAACAUGCCUGCAGGAGAGCACCAAGGUCAGCAAGUUUUUGUGUGGGAUCUACUCUUCUCUAGUUACAUCACUGAAGAAAAGAGGACAGAAUUGCUGGAGUUGUACAGGAGAGGGCUGCUACCGAUGGACCGGCUGAUAAGUGUCCUCACCACCCUCGUCAUGAAAAAAGAAGCCACAAAUAGGAAACUUGACAUCAAAGUGAGAAGCCCAGCCCAAGAGAUGGCGGCGUACGAGGAAGCCCGUGGUGCUUCGCCCUCACAACCAGAAAACUGGGAAACCUCCUUGCGGUCUCACCACCUCCGAGGGGCCCCUGGUGAGUUGCAAGACCAACAGCUAUCACUGUGGGAUGCCCUUUUCUCCCAGUACAUCCCAGAGGAUGAAAGAGAAGAACUUGUGAGCAACUACAGAAAUGGCAGGCUAACCCUGGAGAAGCUCACAGAAACCCUUGCUCCACUCGUUGCUGAGACCACAACCAGACCGACGUCGGAUCCAAGGGCUCCAGAUUCACCUAGUACACCCACAGCAUCUUUUGCAGAACAGAAGGAGGAGGAGGAGGAGGAGGCACCAGAACAGGGGGAAACGGAAAAGGCCUUGAAGGCCCGGAUGGUUGAAAUCUCCGUUGGUGAUUUCCGUGGUCAGAAGGUCUCCGUGUGGGAUCUGCUCCAUUCCAAGUACAUCCCUGAGAAGAAGAGGAAGGAGCUGCUGCACCUGUACAAAACUGGCAUUCUCACCAUUGACCAGAUGGAAACCGUGAUCACCGGUAUCGUCAACAGAACAGAGGAGGAGAAAAUGAAAGAAGCAACUUCCCACUUAGACUCUCCGUCGUCCUGGGAAGACCACUUACGGAAUCACACGCAGGAGGAGGAGGCACCAGAAGAGGGGGAAACGGAAAAGGCCUUGAAGGCCCGGAUGGUUGAAAUCUCCGUCGGUGAUUUCCGUGGUCAGAAGGUCUCCGUGUGGGAUCUGCUCCAUUCCAAGUACAUUCCUGAGGAGAAGAGGAAGGAGCUGCUGCACCUGUACAAAACUGGCAUUCUCAACAUUGACCAGAUGGAAACCGUGGUCACCGGCAUCGUCAACAGAACAGAGGAGGAGAAAAUGAAAGAAGCAGCUUCCCACUCAGACACCCCAUCGUCCUGGGAAGACCCCUUACGGAAUCACACGGUGGUUCUGCAUGUCGGUGAAUUCCAAGGGCAGGAAGCCUCCUUGUGGGAUCUCCUCUUCUCUCAAUACAUUUCUGACAGCCUAAGAGGGGAGCUGUUGACAAAGUACCGGUCAGGAAUCUUGAGCAUUCAAGAAAUGAUAGCCACGCUCGCCCCCAUUCUCGCAGGGAGAGAGGGAAGCCACAUCCACGCAGAGAGAGGUCUGGCCAGCGAGACAACUCUGUCCCGGGCAGAUGGAACUCCCCCUGCUAUGCAGGGUGAAGAGCUGGAACAGGCAUUACGGAUUAUGAUGGUCAACGUGCCUGUAGGUGAGCUCCAAGGCCGUGAGCGUUCUGCCUGGGAGCUUCUCUUCUCCAAAUAUGUGACUGCAGACAAACGGCAAGAGCUCCUGGAGAUGUAUCGAUCGGGUGAUAUCAGUGCUGAGGAACUUAUCUGGAUGCUCAUCAUCCUGAUUGAAGAAACAGAAGAGAAGAGCAACACAUUGAAGUUCCCUGGCCUCAGGAGACAAGUGUCCGCCUCAGAACUCUUCAGCUCUCAAAUCAUUGACCAAGACACACUGUCUGAUUUCACGCGGGGAGCCAAGACCGUGGAGGAGAUCACAGAAAUGGAUUCGGUGAAGAGGUACCUGGAGGGCUCCAGCUGCAUUGCUGGAGUGCUUGUGCCAUCCAAGACAGAUCCUUCCAAGAUGCAGAAGAUGACCAUCUACGAGGCCAUGUGGAAGGGCAUUCUGAGGCCAGGCACUGCCCUGGUGUUGCUGGAGGCACAGGCUGCUACUGGCUUCAUUGUUGACCCGCUGAAGAACGAGAAACUCUCUGUCGAUGAUGCCGUCUCUGCUGGCCUGGUGGGUACCGAGCUUCAAGAGAAGCUUCUCUCUGCGGAGAGGGCCGUGACCGGGUACAACGACCCCUACACAGGGAAUAAAAUCUCUCUUUUCCAGGCCAUGAACAAAGGCCUCAUUGUCAAAGACCAUGGCAUCCGCCUGCUGGAGGCCCAGAUUGCCACAGGGGGCAUCAUCGACCCUGUGCACAGUCACCGCCUCCCUGUGGAGGCGGCGUACAAGCGGGGCCUCUUUGACGAGGAACUGAACCAGAUCCUCUCAGAUCCUACGGACGACACCAAGGGCUUCUUCGAUCCCAACACUAAUGAAAACCUCACGUACAUGCAGCUCCGGCUCAGAUGCCUCCCCGAUCCGGAUACCGGUUUGCUGAUGCUUCACUUGAUGGAAAAGGGCUCCUUAUUCUAUGCCUUAAGUGACAACACAAGGACGUCUUUGCAGUCUGCCAAGGCCAGAGUUGACGUGGGGAUUUUCCAGGGCCAGGAGGUCUCUGCCUGGGACCUCCUCUUCUCCAGAUACAUCCCUCCACAAAAGAGACAGGAACUACUAAGGCAAUACAAAGCUGGCUCGAUUACUCUCCAGGGCAUCAUCCAAAUCCUUACCACUAUCGUCACCGAGACCGAGGAAGGGAACACCAGACAUAGCGAGUCCCACAAACAACCUCCCCGUCCAGCUAAAAGAGAAUCACUCAAACAUGACGCUACCCAUCCCAGCCUGAAGGAAACCUGGGAGAAGACCUUGAAGACCACAGUCAUCAACAUGCCUGCAGGAGAGCACCAAGGUCAGCAAGUUUUUGUGUGGGAUCUACUCUUCUCUAGUUACAUCACUGAAGAAAAGAGGACAGAAUUGCUGGAGUUGUACAGGAGAGGGCUGCUACCGAUGGACCGGCUGAUAAGUGUCCUCACCACCCUCGUCAUGAAAAAAGAAGCCACAAAUAGGAAACUUGACAUCAAAGUGAGAAGCCCAGCCCAAGAGAUGGCGGCGUACGAGGAAGCCCGUGGUGCUUCGCCCUCACAACCAGAAAACUGGGAAACCUCCUUGCGGUCUCACCACCUCCGAGGGGCCCCUGGUGAGUUGCAAGACCAACAGCUAUCACUGUGGGAUGCCCUUUUCUCCCAGUACGUCCCAGAGGAUGAAAGAGAAGAACUUGUGAGCAACUACAGAAAUGGCAGGCUAACCCUGGAGAAGCUCACAGAAACCCUUGCUUCACUCAUUGCUGAGACCACAACCAGACUGACGUCGGAUCCAAGGGCUCCAGAUUCACCUAGUACACCCACAGCAUCUUUUGCAGAACAGGAGGAGGAGGAGGCACCAGAACAGGGGGAAACGGAAAAGGCCUUGAAGGCCCGGAUGGUUGAAAUCUCCGUCGGUGAUUUCCGUGGUCAGAAGGUCUCCGUGUGGGAUCUGCUCCAUUCCAAGUACUUCCCUGAGGAGAAGAGGAAGGAGCUGCUGCACCUGUACAAAACUGGCAUUCUCACCAUUGACCAGAUGGAAACUGUGGUCACUGGCAUCGUCAACAGAACAGAGGAGGAGAAAAUGAAAGAACCGGCCCCCGUUGUCCCCUGUGGUUCAGUUGUUUCAGGGGAGGGAGACAGUUCACAGUCCUCAUAUUAUGACCUUCUCCAGCAUACUUUACGCCUGGAGAAUAUUGAUGUAACUGUCCGUGAGAUUCAAGGCCAGAAGUCUUCUGUGUGGGACCCUUUCUUUUCACAGUUUGUCUCCAAUAUCAGGACAGAGGAGGUAGUACACAGACAUGGUGCGCCAGCAGUAAGUGUUAAAGAAAGUAUUAGAAGCAUCACAACUGUUAUUACAAAAACUGAAAGCACACCAUAUGCCAUGGGGGAGAGUCCAAAGGGAGAUACUAUGUCCCCAGAUAGAUUAAUGCCUUCUCCAUCAAAAUGCCAAGUAGAAACAGAGAAUGCCUUGAAAUCAAGGAUGGUGAAGGGAUCUUUUGGUGAUGUGUUUGGUCCACACGUUUCCCUUUGGGAUGCAUGCCACUGUGAACACAUCCCUGAGGACAAAAGGAAGGAUUUGUUGGAUCUCUUCAAAACUGGCAUGCUCAACAUUGACCAACUGGAAACCAUCGUCACCACCAUCCUCAACAAAAUAGCAGAGGAGAAAAUGAAGGAAGGAUCCCACCCAGUCUUGCACUCAGAACUCUGGGAAGACUUGUUACGGAAUCACACAGUGGUGCUACAUGUUGGUGAGUUUCAAGGCCGGGAAACCUCCUUGUGGGAUCUGCUUUUCUCUCAGUAUAUCCCAGAAAAUAAAAGGGAAGAACUUCUUAUCAAUUACAGAAAUGGCAGGUUAAGUCUUGAGGAGCUCACAGAAAUCCUUGCUUCCCUCUUUGCUGAGAGCACAACCAGAGUUAGUGGACAUCUCAGGGCCCCAGACACACCUAGUCCCACCACAGCAUCUUUUGAGGAAGAAGAGGAGGAGACUGCUGCUGAUACACCAGAACAGGGGGAAACGGAAAAGGCCUUGAAGGCCCGGAUGGUUGAAAUCUCCGUCGGUGAUUUCCGUGGUCAGAAGGUCUCCGUGUGGGAUCUGCUCCAUUCCAAGUACAUCCCUGAGAAGAAGAGGAAGGAGCUGCUGCACCUGUACAAAACUGGCAUUCUCAACAUUGACCAGAUGGAAACCGUGGUCACCGGCAUUGUCAACAGAACAGAGGAGGAGAAAAUGAAAGAAGCAACUUCCCACUUAGACUCUCCAUCGUCCUGGGAAGACCCCUUACGGAAUCACACGGUGGUUCUGCAUGUCGGUGAAUUCCAAGGCCAGGAAACCUCCUUGUGGGAUCUGCUUUUCUCUCACUAUACCCCAGAAUAUAAAAGGGAAGAGCUUUUGAUCAACUACAGAAAUGGCAGGCUUAGUCUUGAGGAGCUCACAGAAAUCCUUGCUUCCUUCAUUGCUGAGACUACAACCAGAGUUAGUGGACAUCCCACGGUCCCUGAAAUACCUAGGCCUACCAGAGCAUCUUUUGCAGAGCAGGAGGAGGAGGCACCAGAAGAGGGGGAAACGGAAAAGGCCUUGAAGGCCCGGAUGGUUGAAAUCUCUGUCGGUGAUUUCCAUGGUCAGAAGGUCUCCGUGUGGGAUCUGCUCCAUUCCAAGUACAUUCCUGAGGAGAAGAGGAAGGAGCUGCUGCACCUGUACAAAACUGGCAUUCUCAACAUUGACCAGAUGGAAACCGUGGUCACCGGCAUCAUCAACAGAACAGAGGAGGAGAAAAUGAAAGAAGCAGCUUCCCACUCAGACACCCCAUCGUCCUGGGAAGACCCCUUACGGAAUCACACGGUGGUUCUGCAUAUUGGUGAAUUCCAAGGCCAGGAAACCUCCUUGUGGGAUCUGCUUUUCUCUCACUAUACCCCAGAAUGUAAAAGGGAAGAGCUUUUGAUCAACUACAGAAAUGGCAGGCUAAGUCUUGAGGAGCUCACAGAAAUCCUUGCUUCCUUCAUUGCUGAGACUCCAACCAGAGUUAGUGGACAUCCCAGGGUCCCAGAAAUGCCCAGGCCUACCACGGCAUCUUUUGCAGAGCAGCAGGAGGAGGAGGAGGCACCAGAAGAGGGGGAAACAGAAAAUGCCUUGAAGGCCCGGAUGGUUGAAAUCUCCGUCGGUGACUUCCAUGGUCAGAAGGUCUCGGUGUGGGAUCUGCUCCAUUCCAAGUACAUCCCUGAGGAGAAGAGGAAGGAGCUGCUACAGCUGUACAAAACUGGCAUUCUCACCAUUGACCAGAUGGAAACUGUGAUUGCCGGCAUUGUCAACAGGACAGAGGAGGAGAAUACAGACAAAGCUCGGAGGUUCUCAAAUCAAGACCAAGAGACUAACCCAUUCACAAAAAGUCAAAAUGCUUCUUUUGGUUGCUCCCUCUCUUUGGAGAACAUGUUACGGUCUGAGAGUAGUGUGGUGCCAUUUGGUGAUUUCCAAGGACAGAUGGUGUCUUGUUGGGAUCUUCUGUUCUCCCGGUACAUCUCAGAAGACAAGAGACAAGAACUUCUCAACAAAUUCAAAGAGAACAUCCUCUCUGUUCAGGAACUGAUUGGCACUCUCACGAAUAUCAUCACAGAAGCAGAAAGACAGGAUCAGUCCUCGAGGCUGGGCAGUAGUCAGUUGGGUAUCUCCGAGAAAAGUGACGAUUCAUAUGCACUGCAGCAGCAGCAACUGAAAAAAUCUUUGCGGACAACCAUGGUCCCUGUGAUUUGUGGACAAUUUAAGGGGCAAAAGGUGUGUGUGCUGGAUCUCCUGUUUUCCAAAUAUGUCCCUCAGGAUAAAAGGCAGGAACUUCUCGAGCUAUACAGGGCAGGGACAUUACCCAUUCAAGAUAUGGUUACAAUGAUCAUCGCCAUGAUUGAAGAGGCUGAACACAAACAUGAGAAGGUGGAUGCCGCGCAGAACAUCCCCUCCGGGCUCCUGCUUCUCAGACUUCUGCAGAAGGAGCCAGAGCCGGGCACACCGGCCUCUUUGUCUGUCCAGCGGGCACCUUGGGCUCUGCCAGGGGAGGGACUCUUUGUCUUCACUGGUCACCUGCCUGGCCACAGCGUGCAGAGGAGCAGCUCCCAGGGCUGGAUUCCACAUAACUGGCAGCCUCCCGUGUGGCACGGGCACGGCCCCGUCACGGUGCCCCAUGAUCCCCUGCAGCAGGCUAUGGAAGGGGUCCUGGGACGAGACUCCGGUGGCGCCCCGGCAGGACCCACCCCCAGAAGGCGCCCAGACCCAUCAGCCCCGCAGCCCAUGUCAGAGACCAAGCAGGCGGCCACAGGGGCCACCGAAGAGAUGCCGAUUGUGCAAGUCCGUGAAGAGCCCCAGUGGCCCUUCCCUUGCCCGCCAGAGCAGGGAGAGGAGCCCCUCAUCGCCGGCGUCCUGAAAGAGCCCAGCAAGGAGAAGCUGACCAUCCAGAAGGCGAUGCGGAAGGGCCUCCUGACGCGAGGGACGGGGCUGGCUCUGCUGGAGGCCCAGGCCGUGUCCGGCUACAUCGUGGAUCCCAUCAAGAACCGGAAGCUGUCCGUGAGGGACUCCACCAACGCCGGCCUGAUAGACCGGGAGUACUUCAAUACCCUUCUCGUGGCAGAGAAAGCCGUGACGGGCUACACCGAUCCCUUCUCGGGGAAUAAAAUCUCCCUCUUCCAGGCGAUGAAGAAGGGCCUCCUGGUCAAAGACCACGGCAUCCGCCUGCUGGAGGCACAGGUCGCCACCGGGGGCCUCACCCACCCCAUGCACAGCCACCGGCUCCCCGUGGAGCUGGCUCACAAGUGGGGCUACCUGGACAGAGAAAUCUGCGACCUGAUCGCAGACCCUGCCAAUCACUCCAAGAGGUGCUUCGACCCCGUCGCCCGCGAGAACCUCACGUAUACACAGCUUCUCCACAGGUGUGUCCCAGACCCUGAGACCGGCCUGCUGAUGGUGCAGGUCAUGGAGAAGGGGUCCAUCGUCUCGAAGCUGGACAAGGGCGCUCAGAAGUCGCUGCAGGCUGCCACCACCAGAGUCAACGUGGGUCUUUUCCAGGGCCAGGAUGUCUCUGUCUGGGACCUCCUCUUCUCCAGGUACAUCCCUCUGCCAAAGAAGCAGGAGCUGCUGAAGCAGUACAAAGCCGGCUCUGUCACACUUCAAGACAUGAUCGGAAUCCUCCACAGCAUCAUCGCUGAGACAGAAACCAAAGGAGACUCCUUCCGUGGACAAGCGGAAAGACCCAGCCAAGAAAUGGAGCUAAAAAGUGUAUCGGAGCAGGAAGAACUAGAGAAGACCCUGAAGUCUAGGAUGGUCAAGGUUUCAGCCGGUGAGUACCGUGGGCGGAAGGUCUCUGUGUGGGACUUGCUCCAUUCCAAGUAUAUCCCUGAGGAGAAACAGAAGGAACUUCUGAAGCUGUGCCGGUCUGGCAUCCUCAGCACAGACCAAAUGGAAAUGGUGGUCACUGCCAUGGUCACCAAAAUAGAGGAAGUCAGAGCCAAGGAGUUGGGUCACGCCACUGGCACAGGCAGGGAGAUGGAUACCAUGGAUGACUCUGACUUUUUUGACCCUGAAGAGGAAGAACUGAGGAAAACAUUACAGUUGACCUGCAUCCCAGUAACCCUUGGUGAGUUCAAAGGGCAAAAUGUCCCUUUGCUGGACAUUAUCUCAUCUAAAUAUUUCCCUCAGGAUAAAAGGCAGGAGCUGCUUCACCUGUACCGAGCAGGGACAUUUAGCACAGAGCAGAUGAGCAGGGCUGUUAGUGGCAUCCUGGAGAAAUUAGAAGCCAGUAGAAAGAAACUAAUUGUGAAAGUGAUUGGUCGGCGCCCCGGGGCACCUGGAUCCAAGGAGGGUCUGGUCGCAGCCGAUUCCCCACCCAGCAAACAUCUGGACGAUUUGCUGAAGUCUAAGAAGGUCACAAUGCCUACUGGGGAGCUCCAGGGUCAGCAGGUGUCUGUGUGGGAACUCCUCUUCUCACAUUACAUCGCCAGGGACAAAAGGGAGGAGCUUCUGAGGAAGUAUAGAGACGGCACCUUUGGGGCUGGGGAGCUCUCCUCCAUCCUUAUUAUCCUGGCUUCGUUGCAUGACCUUUUUGACUCUUUGGAGUGCGCAACGCCCAAAACAAGCAAAAAGGACUCAGCACAAGGUGAGGCUGGCCCUGCCGCAGCCACAUUCGAGGAGGAAGAGGACGACGACGAUGAUGAAGACAACGAUGGGGACGAGGACCACGUUGGCGAUAUUGAAGACCAAGACAAGGACAAGGCUUUGAAGUCCAGGAUGGUUUCCGUGACCGUCGGCGAAUUCCGCGGACGGAAGGUCUCCUUGUGGGACCUGCUGCACUCCAAGUACAUGCCUGAGAAGAAAAGGCAGGAGAUCUUGAGGCUGUACAGAAUUGGAAUUCUCUCCGUCGACCAAAUGGAAACAGUGAUCACUGCAAUUGUGGCCAAGGUAGCAGAAAAAAUGUCCGUGGCAGGCAGGCACAUGAGCGCCUCCAGCCCAGACGUCAGGACCGGGGGAAGCCGCCGCACUCGAGGGAAGCCCAGGAGGAAAACCGUGGAGAUUCUAACGAUUGACUUCCCACUGGGAGAAUUCCAAGGCCGGAGCGUCUCCAUGUGGGAUCUCCUCUUCUCCAGGUACGUCCCUGAAGCCAAAAGGCAGGAGCUCCUCGCACGGUACAUAACGGGAACACUCAGCAGCCAGGAGGUGCUGGCCAUCCUCACCAGCCUCAUCAUGGAGACCCACAAGCUGAGGUGCACCCCAAGCUUGUACCACCCGCUCACAACGUGGCUCCCAGAAGCCCUGGGGCUGUCCCAGGACCAGAGGGCAUCCCUGCGUGACCUCCACUGCCCUCCGCUGCAAGAAGAGCCCAGAGCGGGAACGGUGACCGUCAGUGAGAUCACCGUGACCACCACGGUCAUUAAUGGGCCAGAGCAGAAACAGGGGGAGAGGAAGGAAGGAAUGGUCAAGCAUGCAGAAGAAGCAGAAGCCAUUUGGCCUCCUCUUCAGGAACGUCCGGCCUCCACCAUGGAUCCAUCCGCAGCUACCAAAGAGCAAAGCCGCAAGAAUCCUCGGCUCUGUGGCCUGAUGCGUCCCGGUCUGGUGCCUGCCCACAGCGGCUGA